AUGUUGAAGUCCGGUGGAGGCUUUGAGGAAGUCAUCGCCAACCAGCCGUUGGUCAUUGACAACGGCACGGGGGUCAUCAAGGCGGGUUUCGCAGGCGAGGACACUCCGAAAUGCGUGUUUCCUGCCUUCGUCGGGCGCCCCAAGUUCCAGCGCGUGAUGGCUGGCGCGCUCGAGGGCGACGUCUUCGUUGGAUCUAAAGCGGAGCAACUGCGCGGGCUGCUGAAGUUGGGGUACCCCAUGCGCCACGGGAUGGUCGAUGACUGGCUCGACAUGGAGCUCGUGUGGACGUACGUCUUCUCUGAGAUGAAGAUCAACUCUGAGGAGCACCCUGUCCUCCUCACCGAGAGCGCCCUAAACCCCCGCCGGCAGCGCGAGAAGGCCGCAGAGAUCUUCUUCGAGACCUUCAACUCUCCCGCUAUGUUCGUCUCCGCUCAGCCGAUCUUGGCGCUGUACUCUAGCGGGCGCACGACGGGCGUGGUGCUGGAUAGCGGCGACGGCGUGACGCACGCGGUGCCGGUCUACGAAGGGUUUUCGCUCUCGCACGCCAUCAUGCGCUCGGACGUCGCAGGUCGCGACAUCACCGACUACCUCGCGCUUCUGCUGCGGCGCGCAGGGCACAUCUUCCACACGUCUGCGGAGAUGGAGGUUGUGCGGAAUAUCAAAGAGAGCGCUUGCUACAUCGCCUUCAACCCGCAGAAGGAAGAAGCGCAGGGCUUCGAUAAGACCGGGGGCGGCUACCCAUACCAGCUUCCCGAUGGCGUCCAAAUUCAGAUCGCCUCGGAACGCUACCGCGCCCCUGAGAUCCUUUUCCAUCCGUCUCUGAUCGGCCUCGAGUAUGCAGGAAUGCAUGAGCUGCUGGUGACCUCCGUGAGCCGCUGCGACCUGGAUUUGAGAAGGACGCUCUACUCGCAGAUCGUUCUUGCUGGCGGCUCGACGAUGUUCCAUGGCUUCGGAGACCGUCUUUUGAAUGAAGUUCGAAAACUUGCGCCGAAGGACAUUAAAAUCCGCAUCUCCGCGCCUCCGGAGCGCAAGUUCUCGACUUGGAUUGGCGGCUCGAUUCUUGCGUCUCUCGCCACCUUCAAGAAGAUGUGGGUUUCCAAGCAGGAAUACGAGGAGUACGGUGCCGGUAUUCUGCACAGAAAGACUCUGUAA